AUGAAUGUCUCAAAAAUGUUCCUGCCGCUUGCGAACAAAGUGAACGAAAGCAUCUCCACGUGUGUCGAGAAUGCGUGUUGCGAGAAUUCAACGUGCGCUCUCCUCACUACUGAUAUAGCAGGUGUCAAAGACGCAAUGAACGAAAUAGUGAACAUUACUGAAAACUUGGUCAGCACGGAAUAUGAAGGCUACGACAACGUCAGUGGACCAAUUAAAGAGAAGCUCUCGGAGUUAACAGAAAAGGAGAAACUAUUAGUCCCAUCUAUACCAGCGAAAGAGUUGGUCGAUAUACUGAUUGUUAUCAACACCGAUGUGACUGCACUUGUUGUCAUAGCAACCAUCUCUCCAUACCUUCGUAUAUUCCAUGAAAAGGACCAAACACUCGAUAUGAUGAAAACCAUUAAAAGUGGUGGAGGGGACUUAAAGACUAUUCAGGACGUCUGUGCAGCAGCGUCUGAAGUGAGUGCGAUGCUCAAGAUGCUCGACGAUCUUUCUGAAGACCAGAAGUGUGUUGUCGAGACGGCUCGUCUUGAGCUUGAAAAGACCAUUGACAAAGCCAUCACCACUUUAAACAGCUCACUCAAAAAUAGUUCAGACUUAAUCCCAGCACUCACACCCGUCGACACAAUGUUACACACCGUCACCGACAUCAUCGCGUUAAUUCAAAAAGAAGUCGAAAAGGGGGUCGAGGAGUAUGUCGACAGUCAAAAGAAUUUCAUCAAAAAGUGUGCUGAAAAGGCUCAGAGCAUCGAUCAUGUCAUUAUUUAA